GUAAAGCAUCGUUUGGUGGACUGGACGCUUCUGUGUUCUUUAACGCUGAAUUUAACCGACUGAGUUUCCGAACGCGAGACAUGCUGCAAAACUGUCUCUAAAGUGAACCGAGGUGUUUUUAAGCAGCCGUAAACUUGACAUUAUGUAGUUAGCAGCAUAGGUGGCGAACAUGAACUGUUAUGCAUUGUCAGACAAUCAGCUACUGUUAGUUCGGCUAAAGCUCCAUUAGCUUUCCCUGCUGCCACUGACAUCAUUCCGUGCGAUGACGACACCGAGAAGCCUGCGUAACUUUCUAACUGCUGGACCUUAAUGUGCUUAAAAAACAUUUACUAUGGAUGGUGAGCGGAGCAAUUGCAGGCCCUCCAACGAGAGACAAUAGCCAGCUAACCUAGCUAGCAGGGCUGGUCGUGGUUGCUAAGCUGUCUUGGCUGGUGCGUGUGAGAGAAGCCGCACUGAAAACGUCAAGGUGUCUGUGCCAUGGAUCAGAAAGAGAUGACAGACAAAAUCACAUCAGUUCGCAGCAAGCAGGUGUUCCAGAGCCAGGAUCAGAUCGUGACAGACCAAAACUCUGCAAGUCUGGAGCCCACAGCUCACAUGUUUCUCCAAACCAAAUGGAUCAGCAGCCACUCUGGAGAGCUAAUCAGAUCCGAAGAAAAACACAGUAAUGGCACCUGGAAUCCUGAGGCUGUGUUACCAUUACGCAGUUCUGGCCAAGACGGCCUGUCUGCGUUCCCAAGCAGUGACCUCUUGCUGCCUGAGGUCUGCAUUUCAACCAAGAGCAAUAGCUUUGAGGAUGAUAUGAACUAUGAGGUCCAGCAAGCCUAUAAGAUAUUCACCAGCUUUCUGUCGGAGAAGCACAAAGGGAUAACCGGCACGUUUCUACAUCCCAUCGGCCACCAUGACUCGCAGCAUGGUAUAGAAGGGGUUCAGGGCCAGGUUCAUUCUCAGCUUAGGCAGUCGAUGUGCAUGCGUCGCAUUGAGGAGAAGUUUGUCAACCAGGAAUAUGAGAACAUAACAGAGUUUGUUGCAGACUUCAGGCUUAUGUUAGAGAAUUGUUACCGGUACUAUGGGGUGGACCACUGGAUUUCUAAACAGGCUCAAAAGCUGGAAAUCAUGCUGGAGCAGAAGCUUACAUUGCUUUCCAGGGUGCUUCGAGAAAAGACAUCCCUAGCAGUGACCUCUAAAGGACGUUUUGGUGCAGAGGAGGAACGGGGCUCUGGGGGAACCUCCACACGGAGAAGGCAGGCGUCUCGAUACCUUGCUACCAUUACUGGUGGGGGGCAUGAGUCUGUCAUGGUACGGACACUACGUCAAGAGGAACAGCAGAGGGUAAAGGAGGAGAAGAGGCAACGUGAGCUCGAGAAGAAAGAAGCUGAAGAAAUGUCGGCCAAGGAGGUGGAAGAGUGGGAGCAGAGCCUGCUGUCACAGGCUGCCCCUCACACAGUGGGCACUCUCUGGGAACUUCCUGCCAUCGGGCACUUCCUCUGUCUUGCCCAGACUGCCCUCAACCUUCCUGAGAUCAUAUUUUUUGAGCUGGAGCGUUGCUUGCUGAUGCCGCGCUGCAGCCUGCUUCUGUCUAAAGUCAUGUCCUCCCUGCUGUCCCCACCGCAGAGGAGGGCCACCCUGCAACGCCGACCUGCGCUGCCGUACCGCCGCUGGGAGUCGGAGCUGAGGCAGCGCGUCAUGGGCUGGUAUCGAGCCGUAGGUGCCUCCCAUAAUCAGCCACGUCGCGCCGAGCAGCUGGGACUUUGCCACCAGUUUUUCAACAUCCUGGGGGAGGUGAGUCCACUAGAGGAGAAGCCGUUCCAUUUGUUGCCCUUCUACCAGCGGGUUUGGCUUCUCAAAGGACUGUGCGACCACGUGUAUGAGACACAGAAGGACGUACAGGAUGCUGUCCUGGCUCAACCCAUCCAUGAAUGUAGGGAGUCUAUUUUGGGCUAUGACAGCAAGGAGAAUGCUUAUAUACAUUUUCCACAUUUCUGUGGAGCUGACCUGAGGGUCUAUUGCCAGAGCCCCAGCGCACCUCCAGCCUUUCCUUUCCCAUCUCUGCUGGUUAGAAGAGUUGAAAUGAAACCAGGGACAGAGGGGUUGGGGUCGGGGUCAGAUGGAGUGCGCAGUGAGACGGAUCAAAAUGACUCCCAUGAUGGAGUCCAAAUGGAUACUGAAGAAUCUGGAGAUUUUGAGAAGAAGACAAUAGGGACAUUGGUGGUUUUUAAAAGGGAGAAUGGGAAUAGAGAAGAAGAAAAAAGCAGAUUUCAAUCAUUGUCAAUGAUGGAUGUUUCUCAGUCGGAAUCCUCUGAUGGUGACUCCAGUGAAGACUCUAAAUUAGAUGUAAAAAAACAUACUAACUCAUUAAUUCUCACACAAGAUAGGCACAUUGGUGGAGAUGAUGUGAAAGUGAAUUUGAAAGAAGAACAUUCAGAUGAAGAGCAGUCAUCUGAGCAGGAGCAGGUCUUCUCAUUUGAUUCCGAACAUGUCGUCAAAGCAGAGACACAAGAUCCCUCUCUGAACGUAUCGGAGCACAGCUAUACAGGCCGGUCGCCUUCAUCCCCAGUUAAACUGGGGGUCAGAAUGGAGGAUGCAACUUCUACUCGGGGACAUCAAACAUCUCCCUGUUUAGAUUGUUUAAAAAGAAACAUCUGUGAGACCAAACCUCCGGAAGAUGCCCACUGCUGCGGUACGUCCAGACCAGCAACUCAUUUGUCCUCAGAGACUCCUAGAAACCUAGGUGAAGAGAGGACGGAUAACAAAAUCUGGACUAAGAAAAAGAAGCAGAAGAAAAAGCGAGCAAGGGAGCUGCUGCCGGGGUUGAAAAGAGACCACAAGCAUCCGCAGCACGGGGACAGUUUGAGGCCGCCACCAACCGAGGCUGCCAAGUCUGUAGUUCGAAAAGUUUCCACAACAAUCAAGAGAAAGGACAAGACGAAAAAGUAUAAAACAGGAAAAAAAACCGAUUAUUUGAAAAAAGUGAAGGAAGAAUCUCCUCCUGCACCAUCUUUCAAGUUGGUGUGCAGCAAUCUAGAUGAACUGCGAGAGCUGAUCAGUAAGACUGAGGAUGAGCUCGACGUACUGGAGAGCAUGAAAAAGAGACUGGGCCGAUGGUACUACAAGAAAGAAGCGGUGAAAGAGCUCCAUAGCACUCUAAUCAGACUUCUGAAUGAACUUUUACCCUGGGAACCGAAACUUGUUAAGGCUUACCAAAGAAACAGGCUUCGUUUAAAGAAGGAAAAUGAUGAUUUCAAGAAGCACCCAGAGUACAGUAACUUUGUGCGUGAGGAGUGUGUAUCAUCCUCCUCAUCGUCAUCGUCAUCAGAUGAUGAGGAUGAUUACGAAGAAACAGACAUGGAGAACAUUCACUGUAGAGUUGUAGAAGAGGAGGACCAGGAACACGUUGUUCCCAGAGGCCUUUGGAGUGGAGCAAGCUCCAGAGAGUCUGGUGCAGAGUCUGCUGCAGAAAAAACUGUGACUAUUUCACCUUCAAACCACCUUAAACACCCACUGGUCAACAAAGAGAGAGGUUAUGCUCUGUUGCCAGGAGUUUACGGUGUUUUCAACAGUGCCACAUCUGCAGAUUGGAGAACGGAAACGAAAUCUGGAUUAGCCUCGCUGAGUCCAUCAGGAGAUUUGUCAUGGGCAGCAGGAAUACUGCCACAUACUUGUGUGUCACCCACCUCUCCUAUCCUCAACCCGAUGUGUAAACUACCCCCAGGUUACACACCCAUCCCAACACUGCUGGCUAAAAGUGUGGGCAACAAAGUGACCUUGAUGAGAAGACCAACAGAUUUCCCAGGUGCAUCCGCCGUAGAACGGCAGCUCAAGGGGUCUUUGGUAUCUCUACCGAGCUCUGCAGCAACUAAAGUGUCAAACACACAAAGUUUUCCUUCUAGUGGUAACCACAUAUCCCAACAAAUGACAACAAAAGCACCAUUACAGACCAUAUCAACAGGAGCUCUUCCUAAAACACCACAGGGUGCACUAACCCGCACUGAACCAAAAAGUCCUAUCCAAGUGGUGUGCAAGGUUUCUGAGGGGGUGGGUCACCUUGUGAAAAAAGACAGCAGCAGCCCAGUCAAAAUCCCUGCUCAUUCUGUUGUGGAUAAGAAUACGGUAGAGAAGGUUAUGCAGCAGGUAUUGUUUCUGCCUUCCGGCCAUCUUAUUCCAAAAAAUGAAACACAGGCAACCGUUGUAAGUCCACCACAGUCCACUGUCAUUCAGGUUGCAGUUUCUAAGGUUGCCACUCCUGGGUGUAUAUCAACCGAUGUGCCUGGAUUUAGAAUUCCUGAUGGUAAAAUCCCUGUUCAGCAAGUAGCCCCACUUACAGGGAAUCCUGCUCCCUCUGGUUCCUCUUUUCUGCAACAAGGGGCCCGAAGCUCUACGAGACUUAAGGGGCCGCAGGUUUGCACUGUUAAAACCAGCACACUAAAAGGCGGCCUGCCCACCCCGUCCACCGUCACAGCUGCUACCAGAGCAGCCGUUGCUGACACUGCUAAACUUACAGAGCCUAAACAGGAGCUUAAGACUGUCUGCAUCCGUGACUCUCAGUCCAUCCUGGUAACGACUAGAGGAGGCAACACAGGCAUUGUCAAAGUCCAGACAUCAUCAGAGCAUAAUUCACUGGGGUCUUUCUCUACUAGUCCUGUCAUUACUAUAUCUCCUCAGUUAAAAGCCUUUCUUGUGUCUAAGACAUCAACGGCUCUCGCUGCUCCUAUCCCCUCUCAGGCGUCCCGUCCCACUGUCCAAGGAGGGACGAGUACAUCUGCGGCCCAAACCCAGAACCAUGGUCCUUUAGCAUUACCAGCCUCCCAUGCCGCCAACAAUUCUACACCAACCACAGUCACAAGCAGCACUCCUGUAAGAGGGCUUGCAAGCAAGACAACACGCACUGCUGCUCCUUUAGGUCAAGGAUCUAGCAACUCACCCGUUUCUGUUGUAACCAACAUUUCCCAACUGGUGAACACAGCCACCUACAGUUCUCCUUUUCCUUCGUCAACAUUGAAAAACACUGUUGUCCCAUCUCUAAGCUCUGGUGUUUCCAAAGCCCCCACGCAGGAAGCCAUCAGCAAGAAUGGUGUAAAACGAAGCAGUACAAACGAGAUAUCCCAGGUUACUAAAUACAUCUUAGUCACUUCAUCUUCCUCAGCAUCUUCAAACCAACCCACGUCAAAAAGGACACCCUCUUCCUCGCAGUCGGCUGCUAGUUCAAAGGUUGUACUUGUUAGCCAGCCUGCAGUGACGACAUCCACCACCUUCAUGGGAGCCAUUCCAAAGCUGAUGAUGGGAGUUGGGAGUGGACAAGCGCUGACCACUCCAUUAUCAAAUCCAAAUCCAAAAAUGGGAAUAAGUCCAGCCAAACCUGUUGCCUGUGUCAGCUCAGAGGCGUCGUCCAAGGCCAGCAACAGUACUCUCCAAGCAGGUGUUGCCGUCCCAUUGUUAGGAAAGUCGACAACAGUGGGGCAGACUGUCAGUGCCCUGUCUUAUUCUCCUUCGAAGGCCUCACCUGUGCCUAUAUCAGGCAUAUACAAUCCCACAGCUGCCACCACUACUGGAGUGCUGCCAAACCCAAAUUUAUUUACCGUUACAAAUCGUUCCACCCAGCUUGAUACUUGUACUUCUCUCCAGGCUGCUUUGCCAAUCCAGGGUAUCCCUUCCACCUCUGUGAUCUCACAAACAAGCUGCCCAUCAUCUACUGCUCCCAUUAUGCUUGCAGAAAACAUAAACGGGAAAGAACUCUGUGUCCCUGCAACCACACCAUCCAGCAGCUCUCCAGUUCAGGUAACCAGUACCUUGGGGAAUUGCCCGGGCCAAAUGCGCAUAGAUUUUCCUGACCAAAUAUCGUUGCCUAUCAAAAGCGGCAUGAGCGAGGCUGGUACACCAGUCUUAUCAUCCUCUCAAACAGCCUGUAAUAAAACCCAUCCUCCCCUCUCUUCUGCACCCACUACCUACACAACGUUCUCGACCUCUACUACUGGCCCGGUUACACAAAAAAUAAUCAUCAACACUUCUACACACCUUACUGCUGGUACACAGAUCGUCCUUAAUAACGCAUGCUUUGUAGUCCCACCCCAGGGUUUGGGUCCUGGCAGUCAUGUCCUUAUCAUCUCUAAUCCUGCACCACAAGUGCCUGCUGGCACCUCUACUAGCACUGAGGCAUUUGUACCCCCUAGAGGAACAAGCCCUGCCAUUGUAACUCCUCAAGCGCCAGGUUUAUCCCAGUCUGCAGCCAGGCAGCCCAGCAUGCCAACUGUAAGUUCUCCGUUUGUAGCAUGCACCCCUGCGCUUGGUCAAUCUUUGCUGGCAAGCACUUCUCAUGUCACACCAUUCAGACUUACAGGAACACCUGGCAUGGGCUCAACAGUGAUUCCUAGUAAAACAAAUGUAGUAUCUGCGCUGCCUAGGGUCCCACCUGCUCAUGGAGGUAACUUUGUGCUACCUCCAGUAUGUACAUCCACUUUGAUCUCCUCUCCGCCAAGGUUAGGCAGUGUCCCUGUCUUAUCUUCCCCGGUUAAAACUACUACUCCUUCCCUCAGUUCAGCACUUAGUCCAAUUAGGGUCACUGGUGGCGCAAUAAAACAUGCCAACUUUUCAUCUACUAUAACGUCUGCAGUAUCCACCUCCUUGCCCAGAUUGUCAGAACCUCUAACAUCCUUACCUGGUUUACUCGGCUCAUCAACAGGUGCCUUGCAUAACCCUGUCACAGCAGUUCCUGCAGCCAUCUUCUCAGAUGCAGCUUCAAUAGUAACAAACACUGCAGCUUUGCGUUGUUCUCCUUCAGGCCAACGUGUGGAUGCAACUCUUGGAUCCGUAAUAAGUCCGGGGGAGACAGCGGUUAAAGUUGCAAAAUCCUUAACUGUUCACCCACAGGGUUUAGUGCAAGCAGGCCCAGGAAAGAUGCCAAUCAAAACAGGGGUGCCAAUUGUUCAACCAGCACUUUCUGGAAUCUGGACACAAGAACUGCCAACAGUGGCUGUCCCACCACUCUUAAGCCCAGCAACCAGGACUCAAGCACUGCCUAUCGCUACUGUCCCGCCAAUUGGAAGCACUAUCAGCACCUUCGAAAUGGCAUCUGCACCAUCAGCUGGCACCACUCUAGUAACUCCAACUCCACCAGUCACAUCACUGAUGACAAAGAGCACCAUCAGCCCACCGGUUAUAUUGACUAACCAAGAACUUAAAACAAACUGUGUUCAGACAUCAGCCUUGGGUAUGCAUGCAACUUUACCAUCCAGGCUGCUCGUCGGUGCUGAUGGUGCUGUGUUGAGCACUGGUCAUUGCCAGGUGAAUCAACCACAGAAGACUGGGUGCCCCAAACCCUGGGAUGCUCUGACGGUUUCCCCCUACAGUUCCAGUGGGGUACUACGAACACAUGGUUCCACUUUACAGCCUCAUCACAGAGACACAAAGUGAAGCGGCAAAAACAAGACCGAGCCGACUUUCUGGGGGUUCAAUUUUAGCAGCUCUUGAUGAUGUCACCUCUAAUAAUGGCUGCUUUCAGCUACACUUUGAUCCACCUCAUAUUUAGCACCAAGUGUAUGAUCUUUUCCAUGAGCCUGCUGGUAACACACUAAAGUGGUGGAUUGUGGUGUUCAAAGUGAAUCAGUAAUGUCACACACUCAGAGAUCCACCUCUUGGCCAGUUAUUACAACAAAUCAUUGAGGGGGCAAGUAAUUGGAAAAAAACUUUAAGGUUUUUAGAUACUUGUUCAAGAUGUAAUAAUUGGUUUACUGUUAUUUUUUCUUCUUUUAUUCUAAUUACGACUGUAUAUUUUAUCAUGUCCUGUUUUUUUAAGUAGUAACUGUUUGAAAACUACAUUUACUUUUUUGUAGAAAUUUGAACUAUUAGGUGAAUUUUUACAAUAUGUUUGAGUCCAUGUAAAUGUUUUGGAAUCACAUUUAUUUAAUUUUACCAUAUAGAUUUAAAAACAAAAUAAAAAAUAUUUGCUAGGUACAUUUUCAUUGAACAGCUAUGGACAUUACUGCAUGGAAAUAAACAAUGCAACUGUCCCAAAAGUG